AUGUCUCGUCCACCUCCUGGAAUCAAAACUUGGCUCAAAGCAAUGGAAGAGGUGAGUUAUUCAUACAUGUGAUUGCAAGCAGAGUAAAUUAUGACUGUCCUAAAAAUUUCCUUACAUUUUUCAUGACUCAACACAAUCUUGAAAGUUCCAAGAUUGUGUUGAGUCAUCGCGAAUGACAAAAUUCAGCGAACAAGUCUGAAAUCCAGAAAUUUUUGACCUACCAGAUGUCCUGUAAAUAGAAAAUCCACUUUUCUCAACCUGUUUUUCCCGUAACUCCCGAAAACGUGUUAUUACAGGUUCCUGAAAUCAGAAAAAUAGCACUCGAACUUCUUGCAAAUCUUCAAGAAAUGAUGGAACGUGUUUCCACCGGCUUCGAUUUUGAUCAAUUUUGGCGGGAACCAACCAAUCCUCGCAUGAGAGUAAGCUGUAUUAUUACAAAAAAUUUUAAUGUCAAUCUCAAUUAUUUAUUCCAGAGAUUCCCUCGUCACAUCAUGCACAGAAUAAAAGAAUCAUUGAGAUUGUUCGAUGAAAUCAAAGAAAACCGAACAACGUUGAUUGCUUCAAUUGAUGCUCAUCUUCUCUCUCGCGCGAGAAUGUCCGACGAACUGAAAUUUCAGUAUAUUCCUGCAUUUGUUAAAUUUGUCGAUGAAGAAGUUUUGGAUGAUAAGUUCCAUGAAAGUUGUUCGGAAUUGGAAGACCAACUUUUCAUAUUGGUUGAGGUAAUUGAAACGUUUGACAAUUUUUCAAAAAAAAAUUCAUUUUUCAGAAUCAAGAUUGGGACGCGAUGAGAAAAUUUCGCACCGUGUUAACCGAUUAUCAUGUAAACAUGCACUUCUACACCUUCGACUUGGAAAAAAUUUGUAGAGAAUGUGGAUUUUGCAAACAAUUGGAUGAGUCAGAUGAGGAAUAA